ACGGCCCAUCCCUCCGAGCCCCAGCAGGCGAGGGCGCUGCGACCUGCCCCAGCCUGGGAGGGGGCCAGCGGGCCCGCCCUCUGUUCGGGUGGCGGGAAUGGGUCCGCGCUGCGAGAGGCGGAGCCGAGAAGGGGCGGCUCCGCGGCGCCGGGAUAAGAGCGCAGCGUGCGGGUGGCCUGGAUCCCGCGCAGUGGCCCGGCGAUGUCGCUCGUGCUGCUAAGCCUGGCCGCGCUGUGCAGGAGCGCCGUACCCCGAGAGCCGACCGUUCAAUGUGGCUCUGAAACUGGGCCAUCUCCAGAGUGGAUGCUACAACAUGAUCUAAUCCCCGGAGACUUGAGGGACCUCCGAGUAGAACUUGUUACAACUAGUGUUGCAACAGGGGACUAUUCAAUUUUGAUGAAUGUAAGCUGGGUACUCCGGGCAGAUGCCAGCAUCCGCUUGUUGAAGGCCACCAAGAUUUGUGUGACGGGCAAAAGCAACUUCCAGUCCUACAGCUGUGUGAGGUGCAAUUACACAGAGGCCUUCCAGACUCAGACCAGACCCUCUGGUGGUAAAUGGACAUUUUCCUACGUCGGCUUCCCUGUAGAGCUGAACACAGUCUAUUUCAUUGGGGCCCAUAAUAUUCCUAAUGCAAAUAUGAAUGAAGAUGGCCCCUCCAUGUCUGUGAAUUUCACCUCACCAGGCUGCCUAGACCACAUAAUGAAAUAUAAAAAAAAGUGUGUCAAGGCCGGAAGCCUGUGGGAUCCGAACAUCACUGCUUGUAAGAAGAAUGAGGAGACAGUAGAAGUGAACUUCACAACCACUCCCCUGGGAAACAGAUACAUGGCUCUUAUCCAACACAGCACUCACAGCACUGUCAUCGGGUUUUCUCAGGUGUUUGAGCCACACCAGAAGAAACAAACGCGAGCUUCAGUGGUGAUUCCAGUGACUGGGGAUAGUGAAGGUGCUAUGGUGCAGCUGACUCCAUAUUUUCCCACUUGUGGCAGCGAUUGCAUCCGACAUAAAGGAAUAGUUGUGCUCUGCCCACAAACAGGCGUCCCUUUCCCUCUGGAUAACAACAAAAGCAAGCUGGGAGGCUGGCUGCCUCUCCUCCUGCUGUCUCUGCUGGUGGCCACAUGGGUGCUGGUGGCAGGGAUCUAUCUAAUGUGGAGGCACGAAAGGAUCAAGAAGACUUCCUUUUCUACCACCACACUACUGCCCCCCAUUAAGGUUCUUGUGGUUUACCCAUCUGAAAUAUGUUUCCAUCACACAAUUUGUUACUUCACUGAAUUUCUUCAAAACCAUUGCAGAAGUGAGGUCAUCCUUGAAAAGUGGCAGAAAAAGAAAAUAGCAGAGAUGGGUCCAGUGCAGUGGCUUGCCACUCAAAAGAAGGCAGCAGACAAAGUCGUCUUCCUUCUUUCCAAUGACGUCAACAGUGUGUGCGAUGGUACCUGUGGCAAGAGCGAGGGCAGUCCCAGUGAGAACUCUCAAGACCUCUUCCCCCUUGCCUUUAACCUUUUCUGCAGUGAUCUAAGAAGCCAGAUUCAUCUGCACAAAUACGUGGUGGUCUACUUUAGAGAGACUGAUACAAAAGACGAUUAUAAUGCUCUCAGUGUCUGCCCUAAGUACCACCUCAUGAAGGAUGCCACUGCUUUCUGUGCAGAACUUCUCCAUGUCAAGCAGCAGGUGUCAGCAGGAAAAAGAUCACAAGCCUGCCACGAUGGCUGCUGCUCCUUGUAGCCCACCCAUGAGAAGCAAGAGACCUUAAAGGCUUCCUAUCCCACCAAUUACAGGGAAAAAACGUGUGAUGAUCCUGAAGCUUACUAUGCAGCCUAAAAACAGCCUUAGUAAUUAAAACAUUUUAUACCAAUAAAAUUUUCAAAUAUUGCUAACUAAUGUAGCAUUAACUAAAGAUUGGAAACUACAUUUACAACUUCAAAGCUGUUUUAUACAUAGAAAUCAAUUACAGUUUUAAUUGAAAACUAUAACCAUUUUGAUAAUGCAACAAUAAAGUAUCUUCAGCCAAACAUCUAGUCUUCCAUAGACCAUGCAUUGCAGUGUACCCAGAACUGUUUAGCUAAUAUUCUAUGUUUAAUUAAUGAAUACUAACUCUAAGAACCCCUCACUGAUUCACUCAAUAGCAUCUUAGGUGAAAAACCUUCUAUUACAUGCAAAAAAUCAUUGUUUUUAAGAUAACAAAAGUAGGGAAUAAACAAGCUGAACCCA